AUGGCUACAGUUCUUCCCCAGAAGCGGGUGCUCGGAGAAACACCAAGCACCCGUCGCAACAUCCCGUCGACGCCGUCAUCCCUUAAGAAACGCAAAGUCGAGGGUUUCUCAUCCUCGCCCGCACACCACUUCGGGCCCCAGAGGAACUCGAAGGGCCUUCCGGGCUCUAGUCAACCAAAGAGCGCAUUCGAAUCCGAAGUUCUCGAAAAAUUGAGCCAGGAUAUUGCCGACCGCAAGCAGAACAACACUGAAAAAGACCAGGCAUGGGAGCGGCCUCCCCUCGUCGACUUCAACCCAACAAGAGACAACCUCAUCUUCCAGCAGAUCGAGGCCGAGGAAGGCAGUCUACAUGGCGGGCGUGCUACAGUUAAGCUAUUCGGUGUCACCGAGAAAGGCCACUCGGUGAUGCUGCAUGUCACAGACUUCAAGCAUUACCUGUACGUCGCCGCCCCGGUGGCGUUUCGGCCUGAAGACUGCAAUGCCUUCAAAGCCUACCUCGAAUCACAAGUGGCGCAGCACCAACCCUGCAUUCACUCAGUUGCCUUCCUCAUGAGAGAAAACAUCUACGGUUUCCAAGGAAAUGUCAAGAGCCCCUACUUGAAGAUUACGGUCAUGGACCCCAAGUUUAUCAGCAGGGUUCGGACAACAAUCGAGUCGGGCAAUGCCAACUGGAAGGGUCUGUGGAAGGGCAUGGAUGGUGGCGUCAUGACGUUCGAUAACAUUCAAUAUGUUCUUCGAUUUAUGGUCGACUGCAAGAUCUUCGGCAUGUCCUGGGUUGAAGCUCCCGCGACAAAGUACCAGGUCCUCCCCCAGUCACAACGACAAUCGAACUGCCAAAUCGAAGCCGAAAUCAGCCACCUCGAUCUGAUUGCACAUAAGCCAGUGGGAGAGUGGUCCAAGAUGGCCCCUCUGAGAAUCAUGUCCUUCGAUAUCGAGUGCGCCGGACGCAAGGGUAUCUUCCCCGAGGCAACACACGACCCUGUUAUUCAGAUCGCCAACGUCGUAACGAGAUACGGAGAGAAGAAACCAUUCGUGCGGAACGUAUUCUGCCUGGAUACCACCAGUCCUAUAGUCGCCACACAGAUUCUGGACUUCGAAAAGGAGGAGAAGAUGCUCAGCGAAUGGCAGAAGUUCCUCAUCAAGGUCGACCCAGACAUCAUCAUCGGAUACAACAUCGCCAAUUUCGAUUUCCCUUACCUUCUUGACAGAGCCAAACACCUAAAGGUUGCGGGGUUCGAGUACUGGUCUCGUAUACCGAGCAUGCCUUCCAGAGCCAAGGAGACGAACUUCUCCAGCAAGCAGAUGGGCAAUCGCGACAGCAAAGCCACGAACACCAAUGGACGCCUCCAGCUCGAUUUGUUGCAGCUUGUUCAGCGCGACCAUCACCUCCGUAGUUACACACUCAACUCCGUGUGUUCGCAGUUCUUGGGAGAACAAAAGGAAGACGUCCACCACACGAUGAUUACAGAGUUGUUCAACGGAACCCCCGAAUCACGUCGGCGUCUUGCACUGUACUGCUUAAAGGACGCCUACCUCCCACAGCGGUUGAUGGAUAAGCUGUCUUGUCUCGAAAACUACACGGAAAUGGCCAGGGUCACGGGUAUCCCUUUCAACUUCCUGUUGUCCAGAGGUCAGCAGGUCAAGUUCAUCAGUCAGCUGUUCCGAAAAGCCCUUGAGCAGAAGCUCGUCAUCCCCAACAUGAGAUCUGAGGGCAGUGACGAACAGUACGAAGGUGCCACGGUCAUCGAGCCGACUCGAGGAUACUACGACGUGCCCAUCGCAACCCUCGAUUUCGCUUCUCUGUAUCCCAGUAUCAUGCAGGCUCACAACCUUUGCUAUACGACUCUAGUUAACAAGAAGGCGAUUGAGAAAUUCCAGCUGAAGAAGGAUGAUGACUAUAUUGUCACACCGAACGGCGAUACCUUUGUUACCACCAAGCAACGCAAAGGUCUCCUGGCUCAGAUUCUCGAAGAAUUGUUGUCGGCCAGAAAGCAGGCCAAGCGCGAGCUCGCUGUGGAAACGGAUCCUUUCAAGAAGGCCGUGCUGAACGGUCGACAACUGGCUUUGAAGAUCAGUGCAAACUCCGUUUACGGACUCACGGGUGCAACAACGGGCAAGCUGCCUUGUCUUGAGAUUGCCAGUAGUACGACGAGUUUCGGUCGACAGAUGAUUAUGAAGACCAAGGAGGAGGUGGAGAAGAAGUACUGCAUCGCCAACGGAUACUCCCACGAUGCGCAGGUCAUCUACGGCGACACUGAUUCCGUCAUGGUCAAGUUCGGUACCAAAGACCUGCCCGAAGCGAUGAAAUUUGGCGAAGAAGCUGCAAAUUACGUGUCUUCCAAAUUUGUCAAGCCCAUCAAGUUGGAGUUCGAAAAGGUGUACUACCCGUAUCUUCUCAUCAACAAGAAGCGAUAUGCCGGUCUGUACUGGACCAAGCCGGACAAGUACGACAAGAUGGAUACAAAGGGUAUCGAGACGGUGCGACGAGACAACUGUCUUCUCGUGCAGACCGUCAUUGAGAAGGUGCUUCGCAUGAUCCUGAUCGACCAAGAUGUCCAGGGCGCUCAAGACUACGUCAAAGACACUAUCGCAGACCUAUUGCAGAACAAGGUGGACAUGUCGAAGCUCGUCAUUACAAAGGCACUUACCAAAGACGACUAUGCCGCCAAACAAGCACACGUAGAGCUUGCGCAGAGAAUGAAGAAGCGCGACGCCGGUUCGGCACCAGGUCUGGGUGACCGAGUCGCAUACGUGAUGAUCAAGGGCGCGGCAGGCUCCAAGAACUACGAAAAGUCCGAGGACCCCAUCUACGUUCUCGAGAACAACGUCCCUAUCGACACAAGAUACUACCUUGACAACCAGCUUGCGAAGCCCCUGGGCAGAAUCUUUGAGCCCAUUUUGGGCGAGACAAAGGCGAACUCGCUCCUGACGGGAGCCCACACGCGGACGAUUGCAGUCUCGGCGCCGACAGUCGGAGGUCUGAUGAAGUUUGCAAAGAAGACGCAAACGUGCAUGGGAUGCAAGAAACCGCUCAGAGGCAAGGAGGAGAGCGCGGGGGCUGUGUGCUCGGACUGCGCGCCUCGGGUCGGCGAGCUGUACAAGAAGACCCUGGACAAGGUGUCGGAUCUCGAGGUGCGGUUCGGACGUCUCUGGACGCAGUGCCAGCGGUGCCAGGGCAGCAUGCACUGCGAGGUGAUUUGCAGCAGCAAGGACUGCCCCAUCUUCUACAUGCGCAUGAAGGCGAAGAAGGAUUUGGAAGAUGCAGGGAAGGAGCUGACAAGGUUCGAUUUCGACCAGGCGGCGAUCUGGUAA